AAGCGCGGCGCGUAGCCAGUGCGUCGCGCAAGACGCUCUAAGGAUCAUCGUAUACGCGCAAUUGCAAGCAUCCAUCCAGCCAUGCACUGCUUCGCCAUCCCUGUUACGGAGCAGGAGCACAACCAGUUCUCCCAGCUGGAGGUCGCGCGCGCGGCGACGCAGACGUACACCGUCGUAGCCGUGGAACACGCGACGGAAGGACAGCCGCUCGAUGUCGCGCAACUAGAACAUCUGCAGUCGUUCGCCUCGAGCGCCGCGGGCUGGAUGCCGCCGUCUGAUCCCGCCGAACCCAUCAAGGCCGUGCUCUUCCACGGCGCGACGUGGGACGACUCCGCGUGCCUCCAGCGCGUCCAAGCGCUCGUCGCCGGGCGCACGGACUUGGUCGUCGUCACUCAAACGUUCUCGCGCGAGUUCAUGCUGAACCGGUGCGAGGCGCGAACCGGCUACCGCGCCAAGGGCGCGUGGUGGUCGUGCGAGACGCCCCACGACGAGGCCAUGCUGGCGGCGCAGACGGGCCGCUGCGACUGGAAGGGGCCGAUCGUCUUCUACGUCGACUACAUCAACUCGCAAAUGGUGCCCGAGGAGGGUCCGAAGCGCGGCGUGCGCGCCUACGCCCUGGCGACGCAGGCCGAGCUCGCGAAGCCGGGCCGCCGGUCGGCCGAGGGCGUCGAGCGCGUCAUGAGAUCGUCGCUCGGGCUGUUGCACCUCGUCGGCAUCAUGGCGGGCGACGGGCGGCUCUUCGCCGGCGAGCCGCUCGAGGACAUCGACGUGACGUUGGUGUCCCGUGCCGUCGAUUGCACACUGCGCGAGGACCCCUGGUCGCUCAUGGGUCGGUUGACGUUUGCUAUUAUUUUGGUCGAGCUGGACCCCGUCGCGCUGAUGUUCGGCCACAAGAUCGUCGUCGAUUUUGAAGUCGUCCAGCGGCCGCCGCUCGAUGAGGCGCCGCUGCAGUGUCCGAUCAUCAUUUCCGUUUUUUUUUGGUUGAACGUUGUAUUUGACAUAGGACAAAACGAACAUUGGCCUGCCGACGAGCAUGCCUUCGACGCUCGUCGACGUCCAGUCGGUCUUGCUGCGUAGAAUCCAACCCACCACCACGCCAUCGACGCGACGACGGCGGCGUUUCCCACGUCCAAAAAAGUAGCCAAAACGACCGCAUUCUCGCAGAGAUAGAGAGAUGUGCGGGAUCGCGACGAAGCCGUCGUCUCUACGCAGGUUGAUGGUGAACCAGAGCUGCCCGCCGGGCGUCCUCGACGUGCCCCUCGACUUCGCCGUGGACGACCCGCGCGCGGUCGACGUGAACGCCUUCCCGGCCGUCCAGGGCUACAAAGACGCCCUCGAGCGCGACGAGGCCGAGCUGCUGCGCGAGAUCGCGGAGGCGCUCGCGGAAAGGAAGGAACGGGACGAGCUGCGCGCCGUCUGGCGGUCGGAGGCCGCCGAGAAGGGCUUGAUUACGUGCGGUUUUGUGGCGGUCAUCUGUGACCAAUCGGGCUACGGUGGCAUCUCGAGUAUAUGGGGCGGCGACGAAGCUCUAAGCGACGAGCAUCGCGAGGCGCUGGCGGACAAUCUCUCCAAAAUGGGAAUGUUCACCGUGUCGAGACUAGACGGCGACGUCUUCGAGAACGUCUUCGGCGGUACUUAUAGAAGCGAGUUUUUGCCGCCACACGUCAUCGGCAUUUUCCCGCACGGGACGAGCUUUCCCAGUAAAACGACUCUCAUUCGACCGACAGGGUCAUUAACAUGCCUCGCCAAAGGUGCCCGCUUGUUUAGUGAGUCGGGUGCAGUAGCUUUAGUGUUAGCUGCUGGAAUGGUGCCGACGCGCGUCCCGCGGGAGGACGGAGGCCUUUCUGCGGUGUCCGAGGCCGCGGAUGCGUUCAUGGCGACGAUCGGAGGCGUGGGCGACGGCCUCUGCCUGCUCGGCCACGAGGAUUAUCAUGACCCUUUUGUGAACGCGUUUGCUGCUUAUUUACCGAAUGUAGAGUGGAAGCACAAUAAUGACCCGUUGGUCAUUGUGAAUCCAGUUCACGAGAAAAGGAGCCGGGCCACGACUACGCGAGAGGCGACUGAAAUGAAGCAGCUUGAACCGUCACGUCUUUCGCUGGUGCAAAUGCGAAGCCUGGACGAUGUGGUCUUCACGGUGGAGAGCGUGAAAACGCCCGAGACGCAGCUGGUCUUGAUAAAAAAGUUUGAGACGUUCUUAAAAGAUGUGACGGCCGACCCUUCGACGAAGUUCCCUUUAGCUGGUUCGAGGGUCGACGCGCACGGCGCUCGCAAUGAGAUGAAAGUGGUCGCAGACUUCCUAAAGACCGGCAAGAGGGGCAACAAGAAGAAGAAGGCCGAGGACAUGCUCGACAAGCUCUACACGCUGCGGAAAUUGCCGCGGAAGUACUUCAUCGAGAAGGCCGCGGCCGAGGCGGCGGCGGCGGCGGCGUCGCCCUAGGCUGUUGUGUGCUAAGUAGUUCAACUAGUAUUACGACUGGGGUUCGACAGGGUGGUUUCGAUUCGAAUUUUGACGUCCACAGGACA